AUGUACACAGUAGAAUUUCAGAAACGAGGACUCCCUCAUGCUCAUUUUCUAAUUAUACUUGAUGAAAGAUUCAAAAUACUUACACCUGAAGCCUAUGAUCAAUUUGUUUCUGCAGAACUACCAAAUCCUACUGUAAAUCCUCACCUAUAUUCACUCGUUACACAACACAUGAUUCAUGGACCUUGCGGUGAACUAAAUCCAACAAGUCCUUGUAUGAAAAAAGGAUACUGUAAGUUUAAGUAUCCAAAAGAGCUUGCUCAUGAAACGACAAAAGGAAAAAGUUCAUACCCUAUUUAUAGAAGACGCAAUACAGGAAACUAUGUGGAGAUUAGAAAACAUCUUCUUAAUAAUUCAUGGGUUGUCCCUUAUAAUUCCUUUUUAUUAUCCAAAUAUAAUUGUCAUAUCAACGUUGAGAUUUGUUCAGAUAUUAAAGUAGUUAAAUACAUUUAUAAGUACAUAUGCAAAGGACAUGAUAAAAUCGCAUUCCAGAUUCAUACUAAUGAUACAAAUAUAGAAGUUGAUGAGAUAAAAGAAUAUCAAUCAGCUAGAUGGGUUUCCGCGCCUGAAGCAGCAUGGCGUAUAUUUGCCUUUAAUAUCAAUGAAAUGUCUCCUAAUGUAUACCAUCUUCAACUACAUCUUGAUGGACUACAACUUGUUUCGUUCAAAAGUAUUGAUAAUAUUAGUAAAAUUAUUAAUAAUCCAAUGAUUCAAAAAACAAUGUUAACUGAAUUUUUUGUAAUGAACACAGUGAAUGAAACAGCUAAAAGUUUAAACUUAUUAUAUCGAGAAUUUCCUGAAUAUUUUGUCUGGUCAAAAACAGAUAAAAUGUGGACAAUUCGUAAGCGUGGAAAUGCUAUUGGACGUGUUGUCACUUGUCAUCCUACUGAAGGAGAAAGAUACUACCUUAGAUUACUUUUAAUGAACAUAAGAGGACCAAAAUCAUAUCAAGACUUGCUAACGGUUAAUGGAAAAUUAUGUACAACAUUUAGAGAAGCAGCUGAAAAAAGAGGAUUGUUGCUUUCAGAUAAUAAUUUAGUAGAAUGUAUGUCUGAGGCUGUAGAUUAUCAAAUGCCAGCAAGUCUUAGACAUUUGUUUGCUAUGUUACUGAUAUAUUGUAGCCCAAGUAAUCCAAAAGAAUUAUGGGAAAAAUUUGAAAUAUCCUUAUCAGAGGAUUUUAUGAGAAUUCCAAACAUUAAUACAACGGAAAUUCGUUAUAGGGUGUUAACACAUAUUAAUGAUAUUCUUCAUUUAGUUGGUCGUGAUAUUAAUGAAUUUAAAUUAAUUCCUGAAGUAAUUAAAACAUCUGCACUAUCAAAAGAAGCUACAAAUGUUUACUAUGAAAGAAAUCUUACUGUGAGUGAAGAUGAUUUGCUUCUACAACAUAAAUUAAACACUGCACAAAAAAAAGCUUACAAUAUAAUCUUAGAAAGAAUAUUUUCAAAUAAAUCAGGUGCAUUCUUUAUAGAUGGCCCUGGAGGAACUGGUAAAAGCUUUUUAUAUCGUGCUUUAUUAGCAACGGUUAGAUAUAGAGGAUUUAUAGCUUUGGCAACUGCAAGUUCAGGUGUUGCAGCUUCGCUGCUUCCAGGUGGUCGCACUGCUCAUUCCCGUUUUAAAAUUCCAAUAAAUAUCGAAGGAAAGUUCAGUUGUAACAUCAGUAAACAAAGUUCUCUGGCAUCUUUAAUUCGUGAUGCAAAACUUAUAGUAUGGGAUGAGAUUUCAAUGGCAAAAAAAGAAGUAGUUGAAGCUCUUGACUUACUUUUGAAAGAUUUAAUGGAAACAAGAAUACUAUUUGGCGGAAAAGUUAUUGUUUUUAGUGGGGAUUUCAGGCAAACUCUUCCUGUUGUUCGUAGUGGAAAAAGAGAAGACUUCAUUAAUCAAACACAAGGCCAAACUUUAGAUUUUGUUGGCAUUUAUUUACGUGAACCUGUCUUUUCUCAUGAUCAAUUGUAUGUUGCUUUAUCAAGAGCCAAGAGUUCUAAUUGUGUUAAGAUAUUGAUAAGGCCACCAAUAGCUGAUAACAACGAUGACACAUCUACAUAUAACAUUGUUUAUGACGAAAUUAUAGAAAAAGCUUUUUCGUGA